AUGCGCGCGGGCCGGGGCGGCGUCCCGGGGAGCGGCGGCCUGAGGGCCCCGCCGCCGCCGCUGCUGCUGCUGCUGCUGGCGAUGCUGCCCGCCGCCGCCCCGCGGUCCCCGGCCCUGGCCGCCGCUCCUGCGGGACCCAGCGUGAGCCUCUACCUGAGCGAGGACGAGGUGCGCCGGCUGCUUGGUCUUGACGCAGAGCUUUACUAUGUGAGGAAUGACCUCAUCAGUCACUACGCUCUGUCCUUUAACCUGCUGGUGCCCAGUGAGACAAACUUCCUGCACUUCACUUGGCAUGCAAAGUCCAAGGUUGAAUAUAAGCUGGGAUUCCAAGUAGACAACUUUGUGGCUAUGGGCAUGCCCCAGGUCAAUAUUUCUGCUCAAGGGGAGGUCCCACGCACUUUAUCAGUGUUUCGGGUCGAGCUUUCCUGUACCGGCAAAGUCGACUCUGAAGUCAUGAUUCUAAUGCAGCUCAAUCUGACAGUGAAUUCCUCAAAAAAUUUUACAGUUUUAAAUUUUAAACGAAGGAAAAUGUGCUACAAAAAACUUGAAGAAGUAAAAACUUCAGCCUUGGACAAAAACACUAGCAGAACUAUUUAUGACCCUGUCCAUGCAGCUCCAACGACUUCCACGCGUGUGUUUUACAUCAGUGUAGGGGUUUGCUGUGCAGUGAUAUUUCUUGUAGCAAUAAUAUUAGCCGUUUUGCACCUUCAUAGCAUGAAAAGAAUUGAACUGGAUGACAGCAUCAGUGCCAGCAGUAGUUCCCAGGGGCUGUCUCAGCCGUCUACCCAGACGACCCAGUAUCUGAGAGCUGACACUCCCAACAAUGCAACUCCUAUCACCAGCUCCUCAGGUUAUCCUACCUUGCGGAUAGAGAAGAACGACUUGCGAAGUGUCACUCUUCUGGAAGCCAAAGCCAAGGUGAAGGAUAUCGCAAUAUCCAGGGAAAGGAUCACACUGAAAGAUGUCCUCCAAGAAGGUACCUUUGGGCGUAUUUUCCAUGGGAUUUUAGUAGAUGAAAAAGAUCCAAAUAAAGAGAAGCAAACAUUUGUAAAAACAGUUAAAGACCAAGCUUCUGAAGUUCAGGUGACGAUGAUGCUCACCGAGAGCUGCAAGCUUCGAGGUCUGCACCACAGAAACCUCCUUCCUAUUACUCAUGUGUGCAUAGAAGAAGGAGAAAAGCCCAUGGUGGUAUUGCCAUACAUGAAUUGGGGGAAUCUUAAAUUAUUUCUUCGGCAGUGCAAAUUAGUAGAAGCCAAUAAUCCACAGGCAAUUUCCCAGCAAGAUCUGGUCCAUAUGGCUAUUCAGAUUGCCUGCGGGAUGAGCUACCUGGCGAGGAGAGAAGUGAUCCAUAAAGACCUGGCUGCUAGGAACUGUGUCAUCGACGACACUCUUCAAGUCAAAAUCACAGACAAUGCCCUUUCCAGAGACUUGUUUCCUAUGGACUAUCACUGCCUAGGGGACAACGAGAACAGGCCAGUGAGAUGGAUGGCUCUGGAAAGUCUGGUUAAUAAUGAGUUCUCUAGUGCUAGUGACGUGUGGGCCUUUGGAGUGACGCUGUGGGAGCUCAUGACUCUGGGCCAGACGCCCUACGUGGACAUCGACCCCUUUGAGAUGGCCGCUUACCUGAAAGAUGGUUACCGAAUAGCCCAGCCAAUCAACUGCCCCGAUGAACUGUUUGCUGUGAUGGCCUGUUGCUGGGCCUUGGACCCUGAGGAGAGGCCUAAGUUCCAGCAGCUGGUCCAGUGCCUCACAGAGUUCCACGCUGCCCUGGGAGCCUACGUCUGACUUCUCUCCCAGCUCCACCACUCAGAAGAAAGUGCCUGUCUGUCAUGGAUGCCCCUCGUGCAGCGCAAUGCCUGCAGGGGCACACUGUCUCCAGGUCACCCAGCCUUAGCAGUGCUUCCAAACCUCAGCUUUUAACGAUGACGUAAUAACGCAGAGUGUUUUCUAGAUACCACUUUUACUAGGUUGAACCAAAAGGGGUUUUGUACAUUUUUUGGCCAAAAAUUUUUUUAAAAUAUAGUGACUUUGGACUAGGGGGUGCAGUCUUUUUAAAAAAUAAAUAAACAGUUUUAAAAAUUAUUUAGACACAGAUAUUUGGAAUAGCUGUCUUAGUGCCAACUGCUUUUAUUUUUAAUGUUUUACUUCAUUGAAGUAAUGUAGGUGACUCACCUUUAAAGCUAUUUUAAUAUUUUGGUCACUACUUUUGGGAGUGGUUUGUCUUCAAAAUGCGGUACUUUUCUUAGGAAAAACAACAUUACAAAGGUGUCUGGUUUGCCUUAUACGAAGAAAGAUAGUAUAUUAGGAAAAGGAAAAUUGAAAAAGUAAAAAGAAAAAGAAAUUACAAAGUAAAAAUAAAAAAAAGAACAUAUCGCCCCCGCAUGGAAAAAUCGCUUGUUUAGUGACCAUGGCUCUGCUCAUGUUUGGGGAAGCAGGUCUGAGUUCACAUCCCAGUCAGCUUUCCUGUGAGCUGGAAGAAGGCUGGGGCAGGCUUGUAGAAAACAGUGGUGACCUUAUUUAUUUUUGCUCUCCGGGGAAGGAGGGGACCCAGUUCCAGACAGUGACCCCUCUCUACUGCUGGGGUUCCCUCUGUGCACGCCUGGGCGGAGCUACGCACAGAGCCGGCGCUUCUGUUGUUGUGGGUUUGGGGGGUUUUAGUUUUGGUUUUUGGUUUAAAUUGGUAAUUUUUACGCUUAUCUUCAAGGCUGGCUUAAGUAUAAAUUGGUUUUUUAAAAACACUUGAAAAAUUAAAGGACUCAUUUUAUAUGCUGGUAUUCAAAAUACUGCCCACUUGUGUGACUGUCGGUUGUGUCCUGAAAGUCUUGGAGUCACAUUUUAUCCCCUGAGAGCUUGACUCAGGUUCCAAAACCCUAACAGAAGAGCAGCUGACUCUGCUCAGCCGCCAGGGCCUGUUAAGAAGUUGGAUGAUAACUCCUACAAGGAAUUAUCAUGGAGAGUCUACAUGUAUGUAGCUACACACAGGUUUGGUCACCUGGGCCUGUGAAGUGACUGGGCCUGCAGCUGCUGCCUCUGUGUCUGUCCUCUCAGGGUUGUGAGGGAGAACAUGGGUCUGUCCUAUUAAAAUAAAUCUUGUGAAUAAAGAGAGUAUCUGAAAAGACAGCUUCCACAGUACAAGGCUCCAGGAGGCAAGCCAGGAGCUCAGUGUCCCGCAUAGGGCGUCCUGCAUAUGGUGUCUUGUUGAUGAUAUGCUUUGUCCUCAAAUGUCUGGGUUUUAAAAUGCCUCCUUUGAACCUUUUGUAACUUAAGACACAUUGUUAAUAGCCUGCAUCUUAGAAGGGAUUCAGUCAACAAGUACUAGUGUGUGUACUUCAAUUCAGCAUCCAGUCAGCCAGUGUGUACAUUACCUACAGAGAGCAGCUCAGCUUCCCUCACCCCUCUUAUCCAACACUCAGUGCACUCUUGUUUCAGAUGAGAACAAUGUUUAGAAAUCACAGUUCUCUGUAUAGAAGUUGUUUUAAAAGUCAUUGUUCUGGGGCUGGAAAGUGGGCUCAGACUGCUCACAGCUCUUCUAGAGCACCUGCGUUUGAAUCCCUCUGGCCUCCACAGGCACCAGGCAUAUACAUGGUGUCAUAAACUCAUGAAGGCACAUACUCAUAUACAUACGUAUGUAUGUACCCAUAUAUAUAACAUGUGAGUAUGUAUACCCAUAUAUAACAUAUCUGAGUAUAUACGUAUAUUCAUAGAUCUAGACAGAACUGUUUUAAGGUAAAGUGUGGCUGUCCCGGUUAAGUCGCACUUCUGUUUCCCUUGGGGGUUUGCUACCUGUACACAUGUGCAUGCUCUCUCGUUUCAGUAGAUUGUUCUACUGAACUAUGUGGAGAUAGUGACAAGGGAAGAAAGAAAGAGUCCGCUUUCCACGGCCGAUCCUCCUCCAGUGAUUUGUAUAGCUUGUGAAUACUGCCGAACACAGCCCCCCACAUCACUAAAAAUGUAGGUUUUUAAGAAGCAAAUUGAUGGAGUGCAGGAUGCGACCAUAAGCUGUCUCUGCUGACAACACUAAAAAGUUUUUUUGAUACAGUAUCUUGCUGUGUAGCCCAGGCUAAGCUCAAACAAGUGCUAGGAUAGUAAACACCACCAUGUGUGGCUAAAAGUAAGAUUUGUUUCUAAAGUAGUAAGGAGAGCUCCAGGAUUUAAAACAAAACAAACAAACAAAAAAACAAAAAACACAGCUUGACCUUGACAAUCAUCAUCAUUAAGCAAAAACCUAAGAUAAAAUACCAUGGUGCCUUAAAGUUACGUCUGGAAUCCAUGUUUCCAGUUAUCUUUAUAUUUUGGCCUUCUGUUUUGUUGCCACCAAGAAUUAGCACUAAUACUAGAUAGGGGCUUGCAUCGUAGUCAUGGUGACUAGAAACUAUUCACUCCACAGAUGCUGAAGCCCCUGAAGAUAGAUGGCUCCUCUCUAGGUCUGUCUCUC